GUCCAUCAAACCCCUCUUAACACUUCCACCCCUAUCUCUUCACAAUCUUAUCUCAAUUUUCAAGAUCUGAAGAGUUUUAGAGAGAGAAAAAGAGAUGGCUCGUGGGAAGAUCCAGAUCAAGAAAAUAGAGAACCAAACCAACAGACAAGUUACCUAUUCCAAAAGAAGAAAUGGGCUUUUCAAGAAAGCUCGUGAGCUCACAGUUCUCUGUGAUGCCAAGAUUUCCAUUAUUAUGAUCUCCAGCACUCAGAAGCUCCAUGAAUACAUCAGCCCCAUUAUCACGACAAAGCAGAUAUUUGAUGAGUACCAGAAGACAGUCACGGCAGAUCUCUGGAGCUCACACUAUGAGAAAAUGCAAGAGCACUUGAAGAAGCUGAAGGAGAUCAAUAGGAAUCUGAUAAAGGAGAUUAGACAAAGAACAGGAGAUAGCUUGAACGAUUUGGGGUAUGAGCAAAUGGUUAAUCUCAUCGACGAUAUAGACAAUUCUAUGAAGUUGAUUCGUGAGAAAAAGUACAAAUCCAUCAGCAGCAGGAUUGAUACCAGCAGAAAAAAGCUAAGGAAUGUUGAAGACAUACAUAGGGGUCUUGCGCUUCAAUUUGAUGCACGACACGAGGAUCCACACUAUGGGCUAGUUGAAAACGAAGGUGAUUACAACUCUAUGUUGGGGUUUCCACAUGGCGGGCCAAGGAUCAUCGCGGUUCGCCUUCCACCUGGUCACCACUCUCACCACCAUCCGAGCCUCCACAGUGGAACUGGAGCCUCAGACCUCAGUACAUUUGCUUUACUUGAGUAAAUGUUUUCUAAUUUCUUAUAUAUAUAUAUAUAUAUAUAUACACACACACACACGUGUUUUGUUGGGUAUGAAUGUUGUAGGUCUUGAUAGGAAAAAAGAAGGAAAGAUCUACAUUUGUUUGUUAUGUUGAAUUUAAUAUUUUGUUUGUUAUGUUAAAUUUAUGUUGUGUGUGAA